AAUAAUUAAUAAUUAUACAUAAUUUAAGAUAUGUAAAUAAAAUAUUUAUAUAAUAAUUAUACAAAGUCUAAGAUAAAACUUGUGAUAUCGUAGCUAGUCGAAAUAUAUUUUUGUAAGUUUUAUAUCUAAACAAAGUGCCUCAUAUUAAUUCUAUAUAGAUACUAAUUAUAAUUAUAAUUAUUAUUAAAAUAAGUGAAUAAAAAAUAUUACUGCGCGCCGAGAAUAAUUAUUAUUGUGAAUUGUAAAUUUAUAUAGUGAGUGUUAGUGUUAUAUUUAUAUUAUUUGAUCGAAAAAAAAACGAAAUUCAAAAAAUGGCUCAAGCCGAUAAUUUGAAUGCCUUGAGAAGAAGCGGACGUCUGCCGGAGUUUCAUCCGGGAUUUAUGCGUGAAAGGAGUUUUAUUAGACCACCAUCUCAAUAUCAGAUGAGGGAUGGCGCAGCAAAAAGGCGUAGCGUGCACGGUCAUGGCCCCGCACAUCACUACAAUCAUCAACAAAGAGGCAAGCCAUCUCUUGAAAUCUAUAGGCCCCCUAAUGUUCGUGUGGAUGGACCGAACAAGUUGAACGUCCAUGCGAAAGAGUUUACGAUGGCGAUGGGGCAGCAACAUAAUCUGCAAACUUCAAGAUCUAGUGUAAACGUGCCAUUUAAUCAACAUCAAAUGCAGCAUGGUUUACAACAUUCGAAAAGUGCCAAUAUUAUGGGACUCCGGCAUCAGACAAAUAAUAAUCAUCAUGGAAUGAAGAACAACAACCGACAAAUGUCUCCACAAAUACCAGCAAUUCCACUUAUGACUUCUGCAUCAGCUCAUAUUAUACAGAAUACACCGAAAGUUCACUUCAAGUUAGAGCAAACACCAAUAGCAAAUGGAGUGGAAAACAAAGUAACAAUACCUGGUGGUCUUCAACGAUCUAAAAGCAUGUCUGCUGCAGAUUCGCUAGCUAGGAGCUUAUCAUUAGGACUCGACAUUAGCUCAGAUGUUCCUAAUUUAGGUCCCUUUCCUGCAGAAAUAGAGGAGAUAAUUACAUUGGCUUGUGAAGAUCCAAAUCAGUUAUCUGCUAGAGCUCUAAUCAAUCUUUCAAAUAGUCUGAUGCAACGUGCUGUAGAAAGUCAAAAGUAUGCUCUUCCAGCAGCUAGACUUUGCAUAAAAAUUAUAGCGAGUGAAAAAAAAGAAACAUUCUUGGAAACACUUAUAAAUACAUGCAGACAGUGGUACCAAGAAAGAGACAAGAUUUUACGUCUCUCAGUUAAAACAAAGUCUCGUACAAGAUUUACAGCAUUCAUGGCCUUCUUGAUGGAAAUGUUUUCUCAGUUGAAGAGAAGGCAAUUGCAAUUAAAAACCCAAUGUGAUGGAAUUUCACCACCUAUGGUGUUACUCACUUUAUUGUGCAAAUCUUGUGAAGAAUGUGUGAAGCCACCGAUCUCAUCUUUGUCAGAGAUCGAAUGUCUCUUUUUUGUAUUAACAUGCAUUGGAAGAGAUCUGGAAAUUCAUAUGCCAAAUCAGCUUGACAAACUUUUGCGUCAAGUAAGAGAUGCUUUCUUGAGUACAUCUAUGGAACCUAGUAUUAGAAAGACGCUUCUUCAACUCAUUGAACUUCAAGCAUCACAUUGGCAACUGCCGGGAUCUACAGUUUUAUAUUAUUAUCCUUCCACUAAAUAAUACGAUGGAAAUUAUGCAUAUUUUAGUUGUGUAAUAGAAAUUGAUAAUUUAUGCCAUUUU